CCUAGGGUCUGAAAAAAAUUUCUUACUGCUGCCUACUACAGUGUAGACUAGACUUUCACUUUUACCAGCAGUGCGGUCUGAAGAAAAUGAAACACCUAGGUGAUGCGUUUUGGCUUCUGAUUGUGGCAACACUAUGGGGUGCAACUAACCCCUUGAUCAAGCGACACAGCAAGGGAGUUGAGGACAUCAAGAGAACUGGCAGAGUUUCACAAUUUGUUGCUGAGAUAGCAUUUCUUUUUUUAAACUGGAAGUACCUGUUGUCCUUUUUGUGUAACCAGCUUGGAUCAGUUGUGUAUUAUGUUACCCUGGCAUCUGCAGAUUUGACGCUGGCAGUGCCAGUGACCAACUCCCUGACACUUAUCACCACUGCCAUGUCCGCCCGCAUGUUGGGUGACCAAAGACUGACAUAUAAGACAUUUGUUGGAAUGUUCCUUGUUGCAACUGGAGUCACUCUGUGUGUACUUAGCAAAGUAAAGCAGGAGGACAGCUGACAAACAGUUUGAUAUGUACUUACAGAUCAGUUUUUAUUGUCUUUCUUAGUUUAGGUGUGUUAAAUAUUGAAAGUUUCAUAGUUUUUACUUGAAACCUUGAAAAAAUAUUUGUCAUUGUUUCGGAUAGUUUUACUGAUACAGUGCCUUUAUGUGAUAGGAGGGGUCACAUUCAGGGGUCACAAAGUGACAUUCAAUAACCUGUAGAGACCUCUGAUUUCAUCGUUUAUAUAACCUUAUAUCUGGACUCAACCCCUUGCUCUAUCAAUUGGUCAGUUAUAUUUUCUUUUUUAAGCACCAAAGACUGGCACUGAUUGUGUAUCACCUGAAGUAUGUGAUUUGUAUAAAUGUAAGCAUAAAAGAAUUGAAACUCCUUUAUUUCUAAAAUGUGUAGUUAAAACAGCCACCAGGCACAACUCCUUUGUUUAAUUUGUGCUUGCCUCUGUUGGACUUCAAACUACUUAUCAAUAAUUACUAAUUAGCAUGUGACAUCUGCUUUAGUUUAGUUUGUGCAUGAUAUUUUUGUACUGCUUUGAGCUAUAAGAUAUAGAACCUUAACUCUUUAACCAUUAAUGUCCCAUUCAUUCUACCAAAACUCCACCCAUGACGGCCCAAUGUAAGGAGCAUAACUCUGUAUGAUCAAGUGAAUAGUUUCACAAAAUAUUUGUUUUUUUCUAAAUGAAAUUGAAAAUUAAGAUAAAAACUACUGCUUAAUGUUGGGAAUAAACCUGGCUUUCCAACAGUAUUAAAUAGAAUAUAUUAUAUUCGGUAAAAGUACAGUAUAAAAAUAAAAAAUGUCGGAGAAAAUUCAAAACAGGUCAUUUUCGGUAGUCAACUUUAUUUAUUUUUGUCUAAACAACUAUGCAUCGAAUUUAACAGUUAAAUAUCAAU